AUGAAGAUGACGGUGGAUUUCGAGGAGUGUCUGAAGGAUUCGCCCCGUUUCAGGGCUGCUUUAGAAGAAGUAGAAGGAGAUGUGGCAGAAUUGGAACUAAAACUUGAUAAGCUUGUGAAGCUUUGUAUUGUGAUGAUUGACACUGGAAAAGCCUUUUGUGUUGCAAAUAAGCAGUUUAUGAAUGGGAUUCGAGACCUGGCACAAUAUUCUAGUAAUGAUGCUGUAGUUGAGACAAGUUUGACCAAGUUUUCUGACAGCCUUCAAGAAAUGAUAAAUUUUCAUACAAUCCUAUUUGACCAAACUCAGAGAUCAAUAAAGGCACAGCUUCAGAACUUUGUUAAAGAAGAUCUUAGAAAAUUCAAAGAUGCCAAGAAGCAAUUUGAAAAAGUCAGUGAAGAGAAAGAAAAUGCACUAGUAAAAAAUGCUCAAGUACAGAGAAACAAACAGCACGAAGUUGAAGAGGCCACAAACAUUCUGACGGCAACAAGAAAAUGUUUUCGACACAUAGCCCUUGACUAUGUUCUUCAGAUUAAUGUCCUUCAAUCAAAAAGGAGAUCAGAAAUCCUAAAAUCAAUGUUAUCCUUUAUGUAUGCCCACUUGGCCUUCUUUCAUCAAGGAUAUGAUCUAUUUAGUGAACUUGGGCCCUAUAUGAAGGACCUCGGUGCACAGUUGGAUCGAAUGGCUGUGGAUUCAGCAAAAGAGAAAAGAGAGAUGGAGCAAAAACAUUCCACCAUUCAACAAAAGGAUUUCUCCAGUGAUGAUUCUAAGUUAGAAUAUAAUGUAGAUGCUGCAAAUGGUAUUGUUAUGGAAGGAUAUCUGUUCAAACGAGCCAGCAAUGCCUUCAAAACUUGGAACAGACGCUGGUUUUCAAUACAGAACAAUCAGUUGGUUUACCAGAAAAAGUUUAAGGAUAACCCCACUGUGGUGGUGGAAGAUCUAAGGCUUUGCACAGUGAAACAUUGUGAAGACAUAGAACGGCGAUUCUGCUUUGAGGUGGUCUCUCCAACAAAAAGUUGUAUGCUUCAGGCAGAUUCUGAAAAGCUGCGCCAGGCAUGGAUUAAGGCUGUACAGACCAGUAUUGCUACUGCUUAUAGAGAGAAGGGUGAUGAAUCAGAGAAGCUAGAUAAGAAGUCAUCUCCAUCUACUGGAAGCCUGGACUCUGGAAAUGAGUCAAAAGAUAAAUCAUUGAAAGGAGAAAGUGCACUGCAGCGAGUCCAGUGUAUCCCUGGCAAUGCCAGCUGCUGUGACUGUGGCCUGGCAGACCCACGGUGGGCCAGCAUCAACCUGGGCAUCACCCUGUGUAUUGAGUGUUCUGGAAUUCACCGGAGUCUUGGAGUUCAUUUUUCAAAAGUACGUUCUUUAACUUUAGACACGUGGGAGCCUGAACUUUUAAAGCUUAUGUGUGAGUUGGGGAAUGAUGUUAUAAAUCGAGUUUAUGAGGCUAAAGUAGAAAAAAUGGGAAUAAAGAAACCACAACCAGGACAAAGACAGGAGAAAGAGGCAUAUAUCAAAGCAAAAUAUGUGGAGAGGAAAUUUGUGGAUAGAUAUUCUAUAUUAUCAUCACCUCCUGAGCAGGAAAAAAAAAUGAUCUCCAAAAGUUGCGAAGAAAAGAGGCUAAGCAUUCCUAAACUUGGGCCAACUGACCAAGUCAGAGCAUCUUCCCAAAGUUCAGUCAAAAGUAAUGAUAGUGGAAUCCAGCAGAGCUCUGAUGAUGGAAGAGAAUCUUUACCCUCUACAGUGUCAGCCAAUAGUUUAUAUGAGACUGAGGGAGAAAGGCAAGAUUCUUCUGUGUUUCUUGAAUCUAAGCAUCUUAAUCCAGGACUCCAGCUUUAUAGGGCUUCAUAUGAAAAAAAUCUUCCUAAAAUGGCUGAGGCUUUGGCUCAUGGUGCAGAUGUGAACUGGGCUAAUUCAGAGGAAAACAAAGCAACACCACUUAUUCAGGCUGUAUUAGGGGGUUCUUUGGUGACGUGCGAGUUUCUCCUACAGAACGGUGCUAAUGUAAACCAAAGAGAUGUACAAGGGCGGGGACCACUGCACCAUGCCACUGUCCUGGGGCACACUGGGCAGGUAUGUCUAUUCCUAAAACGAGGUGCCAAUCAACAUGCCACUGAUGAAGAAGGGAAAGACCCAUUAAGUAUAGCUGUGGAAGCAGCCAAUGCUGAUAUAGUAACCUUGUUACGUUUAGCAAGAAUGAAUGAAGAGAUGCGGGAGUCAGAAGGACUUUAUGGACAGCCAGGUGAUGAAACUUACCAAGACAUUUUCCGUGACUUUUCUCAGAUGGCAUCCAAUAAUCCAGAAAAACUAAAUCGUUUCCAGCAAGAUUCACAGAAAUUCUGA